AUGACGUACAGAUGGAAUUCGUUAUAUGAUAUGCUGAAUCGUAUCAUUGCAAGUAAGGACCAUCUCUCAGAAGAAGAUUGGGAGAUAGCAGAGCAUAGUCUACAAAUCCUCAAACCAUUCUACGAAGUCACUAUGGAAAUAUCUGCUGAUAAAUAUGUGUCAUUAUCCAAAAUUAUCGUGUACUGUCGCCUUUUAUGCCAACACUUGGAUAUGCAUAAACGCAAAGAAACAGUACCAAUUGUUAAAAAACUAAUAAAACAACUAAGAUACUCCAUGCAUCAAUCCUUUUACAUCGAGCAUGAUUUGGAAUCUAAUCAACUGUACGCUGAAGCUACAAUUCUGGAUCCGAGGUUUAAGAAAAACGGCUUCAGCGAUCAAACAAAAUACCACAAAGCAUUGGCAAACUUAAAACAAACCUUCAAAGAAAACUGUGCACCGAUUCAAAAAACCCAGAACUUAUUUCCAGGAUCUAUAUGGGAGCAGUACAUCAUCGAAACCUCUGUCCCUGAAUAUGAUGGUUCAGGUGCUAAUGAAUUAUCGAGAUACAUCGAAGAACCAAUUGUAAGUCUUCAUGAAGACCCACUGAUGUGGUGGUCUUCACGAAAACUGGUUUAUCCACAUUUAUAUGAAGUUGUGUUAAAAAGAUUAAAUAUUCCUGGAAAUUCUAUACCUAGUGAAAGAAUUUUUACAAAAGUUGCAAGGGAACUGAAUGAACGAAGGGCAAGUUUGGGGUCGUAA